AAUGGGAUAAAUAUUCCAUUUCUAGAUCAACUUACCGUGACAGUUCGAUCGAUCUCGCGAUAUCUCCCCUUAGCAACGGUAAUGUUUGCCUUGGAUACCACAUCCUUGUUAGAUACAAACAAGGAACCACUUAAGAUUGCCAUUCACAUGCAGUCUCCUGAUGGAAACCAGCUCUGGAGCCCUGGCCAGUCUCUGUGGAACCUGAUUGCUGAGCAUGUUCACAGGUCAGAGCUGCCAAAGAUCCGUACAGCACUGGGUCCCUCCCUGGUUGACAUGUACACAGAGGUGCACUCAGAGGCGGAGAUGUGGCACAAGAUGUGUCAGGAGAGCCAGCGAGGAAACAAUAGCAGCAGGGCAGGGACCCCACUCCCACGUCAGCAGGGGUCCCCUCUAGCUGACCCCCCUGCAGUCAAAGAGAUGGUGAGAGCCGAGGUCAAGAUGUUACUGCAGACUCUCAGAGAGAGAGCCAGCAGGGGAGGACGAGAUGAUGAUGAGCUCUUGUUUUGGUACAAACCUGAGACGGUGGACUACGCCCUAGGCCACCUUGACAGCUGUUACAGAAACUGUACCAACUAUAAAGAUAUUCAUAAUGGAAGACCAAGCUCUCACUGUUCUGUCCAGUCCAACGCUGAGGAUGAGAUUGAGUCAAUGAGCGACAAAUUGAAUGUCGCUGACAUUGACCAAGUGGUGGAUCGUCUCAAGUCUGUCCUUAUGGAGGAAUGUGAAGCAUUGAACAGACUGGUAAUGCAUUUCAAGGGAAAUAUCAAACAAAAGUGUCAGAGACAAUUUGAGAAAUCCGAACCCUCGCUUGCAGAGUUGAGAGAGCUUAGAGGAGCUGUACAAAUGGACUUGGAACUAUACCCCUCUUCGUUUGCUGCUUCACCGCCAGCUUCUUCACCGCCAGCUUCUUCCCCUCUCCCUCUGAAGUGGCUGAAAAACAGGUUCAGACCACCUGAGGGCACCGCGAGUCAGCCAAAAAGUGCCAAAGAGGCCCAGCCGGAACUGGGCGUUUAUAAACAACUUUUACCAGCUCCUCCUGCAAGGGUUUUGACUUGA